CUAUUGCACAAUACCCAACUUCUGUUGUUAAGGCUCCAAAAAACCCGACUUCUCCACGUGAAAGUUCUUAGUUCUUAGUUCUGCGUUAAAGUUAGAAGCGCUAAUCUUGUGUUUGAACCAACACGCUGCAUUGGAAGCAGACCCGAUGGGGAUGGCACUGGAAGCAAAGCGUCUCAUUGCUUCCACUGUUAUGGACGAGGAUAUGGUUAGCUAAUAUAGCACCUUUGGGCGGUGGUAUAGAUAAAGCAACUUAGGACAGGACUCUGCUAAUUACUGCGUUGUACUUAUAUGGUCAACUGAUAACUUUAUCCAUCGUAAUAAAUAUAGUAAGGGCCGUACCUUCAGAAGGACACGCAUAUAAGACUCUGCAUGUCGCUGAAUAGAAAUAUGUAAGGGAAGAAUGUUUUGUUCCCAUAAAAGAAUGUUGGGGAAAAGAGCCCGAGAUGAAAAUGAUUACAGAGUCUUCCCACUCUCGAGACAACUCACUGGCGCUAAUGAUAUUGGAGCAGGGUCUUCCCACUCUCAAGAAGAAGGGCACGUUGCUUUUCAUGGCGGAAAAGACGGAGCUUCUCAAGUAGAGGAGUUUCACAAGAACAAGCGUCAGAUGAACAUCAUACUCGAUGCGCAACUUCAUCAUCACCUGAGCCAAUUGACAGCGGAUGAUAUCACCCAUCUUGCCGCAACGCGGAAUACAAGCAGUGCCAAGACUAAUGGUAAAGGUUGGAAGUUGAC